CCCCCGCCUGCCCACCAAGAGCGUCAAUCUAGAAAGCGAGGGCUGGCGGUGUGCCCCCGCGCUCUGCCGGCUCGGUGCCUGACUCCUACCUGUAGAGUCCGGGGGGGCGCCCUUCCGCGGACACCUAUUCUUCUCCUUCGGAAACCUCCCGCCCGGCUACCCACGUCUCGGACAGGCGGCCCUGGGACCCCGGGACAGGGUGCCAGGCUCGCCGCUGGUGACAUGUAGACGCCCUACCAGCCGCGGUCCAAGCCUCGGAUCUUGGGCGUCCUCCCGACCGGAAAGUUUGGGGCUGGGCGCCAUGGCCAAGAGCAGCUCCCUGAAUGUCCGCGUGGUGGAGGGCCGGGCGCUGCCCGCCAAGGAUGUGUCUGGGAGCAGUGACCCCUACUGCAUAGUGAAAGUGGACGACGAGGUGGUGGCCAGGACAGCAACCAUCUGGCGGAGCCUGAGCCCCUUCUGGGGGGAGGAGUACACAGUGCACCUGCCCCUGGAUUUCCACCAUCUGGCCUUCUACGUGCUAGACGAGGAUACCGUGGGGCACGAUGACGUCAUAGGCAAGAUCUCACUGAGCAGGGAGGCCAUUGCAGCUGACCCCCGAGGAAUUGAUAGCUGGAUCAACCUGAGCCGCGUGGACCCGGAUGCCGAGGUGCAGGGUGAGAUCUGCCUGGCUGUGCAGAUGCUGGAGGAUGUGCGGGGCCGUUGUCUUCGCUGUCAUGUGCUCCAGGCCAGGGAUCUGGCCCCCCGAGACAUCUCCGGCACGUCUGACCCAUUUGCACGUGUGUUUUGGGGCAGCCAGAGCUCAGAGACUUCGACCAUCAAGAAGACGCGCUUCCCACACUGGGACGAGGUGCUGGAGCUGCGGGAGAUGCCAGGUCCCCCAGCCCCGCUGCGGGUGGAGCUCUGGGACUGGGACAUGGUCGGCAAGAAUGACUUCUUGGGCAUGGUGGAGUUUCCCCCGCAGGUCCUGCAGCAGAACCCGCCCAAUGGCUGGUUCCGCCUCCUGCCCUUUCCCAGAGCAGAGGAGGAUUCUGGGGGGAACCUGGGUGCUCUGCGGCUGAAGGUACGCCUGACCGAGGACCGUGUCCUACCCUCCCAGUACUACCAGCCACUCAGGGAGCUUCUCUUGGAGUCUGUGCUGGGGCCAGCAGAGGAGGAUGCCGCUAGCCCCCUGGCUGUCCUGGAGGAGCUGACCUUGGGGGACUGCCGCCAGGAGCUUGCCACCAAGCUGGUGAAGCUCUUUCUCGGCCAGGGUCUGGCUGGACCCUUUCUGGACUACCUCACACGGCGUGAGGUGGCACGGACCACCGACCCCAACACCCUCUUCCGUUCCAACUCUCUGGCAUCAAAGUCAAUGGAGCAGUUUAUGAAGCUCGUGGGCAUGCCCUACCUGCAUGAGCUCCUGAAGCCCGUGAUUAACCGCGUCUUCGAGGAGAAGAAGUACAUGGAGCUGGACCCGUGCAAGAUGGACCUGGGCCGCACCAGGAGAAUCUCCUUCAAGGGUGCACCUUCCGAGGAGCACGUGCGGGAGGCCAGCCUGGGGCUGCUGACGGGCUACCUGGGGCCCAUCGUGGAUGCUAUUGUGGGCUCCGUGGGGCGCUGCCCACCCACCAUGCGCCUCGCCUUCAAGCAGCUGCACCAGCGUGUGGAGGAGCGUUUUCCCCAGGCAGAGCACGAGGAUGUGAAGUACCUGGCCAUAAGUGGCUUUCUCUUCCUGCGAUUCUUCGCACCUGCCAUCCUCACCCCGAAGCUGUUCGACCUCCGGGACCAGCACGCAGAUCCCCAGACCAGCCGCUCACUGCUGCUCCUUGCCAAGGCUGUGCAGAGCAUCGGAAACCUGGGCCAGCAGCUGGGCCAGGGCAAGGAGCUCUGGAUAGCCCCCCUUCAUCCCUUCCUGCUGCAGAGUAUUGCACGUGUGAGAGACUUCCUGGACCAGCUGGUGAACGUGGAUGGGAAGGAGGAGGCUGGGGGCCCAGCCAGGGCCUUGGUCCCACCCUCAGUGACCGUUCGAGAAGGCUACCUGCUGAAGCGCAAGGACGAGCCCACCAGCCUGGCCACGCGCUUUGCCUUCAAGAAACGCUACUUCCGACUCAGUGGGGAGAUGCUGUCCUACUCCAAGAGUCCUGAGUGGCAGACGUGCUCCUCUAUCCCUGUGUCGCACAUCCGCGCGGUGGAGCGCGUGGACGAGGGCGCCUUCCAGUUGCCGCACGUGAUGCAGGUGGUGACGCAGGACGGCGCGGGGGCGCUGCACACCACCUACCUCCAGUGCAAGAAUGUGAACGACCUCAACCAAUGGCUGUCGGCCCUGCGCAAGGCCAGCGCCCCCAACCCAGACAAGCUGGCCGCUUGCCACCCCGGUGCCUUCCGCAGCGCGCACUGGACCUGCUGCCUCCAGGCAGAGCGCUCAGCUGCUGGCUGCAGUCGCACACACUCAGCGGUCACCCUGGGGGACUGGAGUGACCCCCUAGAUCCCGAUGCUGAAACCCAGAUGGUAUAUCGGCAGCUGCUCCUAGGGCGGGACCGGCUCAGGAUGACAUUCCUGGAGGAUUCCAACAUGGAUCCAGCUCCAGAGGCAGACACAGAGAAGGGCUCCUGCAGUGCCAUGGAAGGGGCCUGUCCUGAUGCCCCAGCUCAGCAGAGAGAGGCAGCUGCCCGCCUGCUGAAGGUGCUUGCAGACCUGGAUCAAGCCCACGAGGAAUUCCAGCAGCAGGAGCAGGGGAAGGUGGCCCCAGGCUCCUUCAGCCCCUGAGGAGGUGCCAGAGCCAGCCUGGAAGGAGGAGGAAGGAGCCAGUGUCCUCAUGGUUGUCCUGUACCUCGUUGAUGCUGUGGCUUGCAGUCUCCUGGAGAUAUCUUAGUCUUAUGUGUCCUAAGCCCAGACCCCAGGGUAUGGAAGCCCUUUGGCAGGGGACCAGCCUUGCACUGAAUGAAUCUCACCCUCUGGGUUGAGGCAAAUUGGAGUGGAUGGAAUGAGGAACCUGACUCACUUGGCUCAGCCUGAGGUCUCUGCUUCACCAGACUGGCUUCUACCCACACCAAUAAGGCCAGCCUGGCCCUGCACUGCUGAAUACAGCUGUACCUGAAUUCCUCACGUCCAUGUGGCCUUGUUGCCCCCUGACAGGUGCUCGGCCCUUCCUGUUUUCAUGUCUGCCAAUCCCUGUAAACUCACUGAUCCUCCUGAACCCUGUCCUUGGCCGAGAGUCCUAACCACAAGCUUCCAGAAUCAGGUGCCUUCAGGAAUAACUGAAGCCGAGAGCCUGAUGUACCUGAUUUAGACCCUUGGAGCCUGGGAGACCUUGGCCAGCCUCUUUCCCUCUCUUUGAGCCUCAGUUUACUCUGUAUAAAAUGAAGAGGGAGUGAGUAUAAA